AUGCAUUCGAAUCCGCAAAGUCACUCCACCGCCAUCUCUGGGGACUUUUCCUUCCGCCCCGGCAAGCCGAUGAAGCCUCCAACCCCUGCAAAGACUGAGAAUCUCCCCUCGGAAGAGGCUCCACCCCCAUCCAAGCCUGCAACGAUGGAUAGAGUCCCAGAAGACGAUACAACCAAACCCAAGCCUCGGGUCGCCCUCAGAUCGGGUGAGAUCAUGGCAUCCGUAGUCCGCAAGCCCAGACGCAGAAGGCCAAAGAGCAAGCGUGGACUCGGAAAGCCCACUGGAUUCGAAGAGUAUUAUGCCGAUGGUCCCAUGACGCCAGCAGAGCAUGAAGAAUCUCGCCGGAUUUAUGACCCGUCCUAUCCAUUUGAACAGCGUAUACAGGAAGCUCUAACCCGGUAUCAAUGCAAACGGCGCAUGGAAAAUGACAGACGUGCCAUUUUCUUCAAGUACCUGCAGUACGGCGGCGUAGAUGCCAGCCAGAAUUACGAAACCGGAAUCUUUCCCAGAGAGCUCAAGCAAAUGUCGAGUGAAGAAGGGCGCCAAGCUUGUAGUCAGACUAUGAUCCCACAGGAACGGAAGGAACUAGAGGUCAACUUUGAGGAAGUGGCGCGAGGUUUCUUGAGCUCAUAUUACGUCAAUCACUAUAACCCAGAUAGUCAAGAAAGCAUCAGCAUUGCGACUGGGACCAUCCGAAACUUCCUCACAUAUCUGCUCUACCAUGAUGUGUGUCCCGAGUACAAGGACAACAUUGACAAAGCGCGGCGGAUCUGCGACAUCGCCUCGGUAGAGCUUUGGAAGAAUGUCCAGCUGAUUCAAAAAGAGCCUGGAAGCUUCAACAGAAGCUGCUCAAUGCUUUUCGGCGGCAGAUACUAUGGAAGCAGCCAAGAUACCAACGACUGGUUCCCAGCACCGUGUUGUUCAGACGGUCAUCUCACCCCCGACGCUGCCCGCAAGGUCGUCAAGUUUGCAAUUGCAGGUACCGCGUCUCACGAACUGACUUGCCGGUUCCAGGAGUUGGCGACACAGGGCAACCUCGCAGCCAAACAGAUCUUGGAUAUUGAUGGCUUCGAGGUCAUCUCCAUUAGCCAGCCCGACGAUGAUCUUCAUGACUUUUACCAUGAAUUUGCUCCAGAUCUGCCCGUCGUCGGCAAAAUCAAGGCGAAAUCGUUUCGAAACCCUGCCAAGCCGGACAUCGAUAUGACCCCCGAAGAGCGUCAAUCUUGGCAAGACGGCAAAGCACCAAAGUAUGACUUUGAGUUCUUCCUCGAGGAAGAGCUUCUGCAGCAUUGUUACGCAGGGUUGAGGAUCAUUUCUGACAUCUGGGAAAUCAACUGCGGAGUCUAUUACUUUGAUGAGGUCGUCUCGGCGUAUCCGUCCUUCCAUACGGUUCUUGGGAAUGACUUGAUGAUGCGCUGGAAGACCCCCAGUGAAAUCAUUGAUGAGAAACCAAAAUUUCUGGAGAUGCAGUUUGAGGCUGUGCCUCCGUCGGGAGCAGAUGAUGACCAAGAGAAUGACAAGAAGCCAAAUCAUAUCAUGGAAGCUUUGAAGGAAGAUUUGAGGGCCACUGGUCUUGAAAAGGAGGCAGAAGAGGUUGGCAAAGAGUGA